UGGCAGCCAUUCAUAACGCAGUUGCUAACGCUUCAAAACAGAGCGGUUAAGUUUCAGCACACUUUAUAAGAUUUCGAAGAUAUUUUAAUAUUUAUCGUUUAUUCGUAGUGCUAAAUAAAUUUACAUGAUGGCUGCGACAAUGCCAAUAAAUCCAAAACCAUUUCUAAAUGGUUUGACUGGAAAACCAGUGAUGGUAAAACUAAAAUGGGGUCAUGAAUACAAAGGCUACCUUGUAUCUGUUGAUGGAUAUAUGAAUUUGCAAUUAGCCAACACAGAGGAACAUAUAGAUGGAAAUUGUACUGGCAAUCUCGGCGAAGUUUUAAUCAGGUGUAAUAAUGUUAUGUACAUACGAGGUGUGGAAGAAGAAGAUGAAGAAGGAGAAAUGAAAGAUUAAUCUAUACUCAUAAUUCAAUUUAAGUUAACAUAUUUUAUUCUUAAGUUAAGAUGACAAUGAAAUAAAAGUACAAUGCUUUUCUAAAUUUGUUAA